AUGUGCACCCCGAAUCAACUGCACUUUUCAGGAUCGCAUACAGAGGUCACUCAGCGAUCUCGUUUACUUUUGCGCUGUUGGAUGCGCUGCACAAGCAGACGGAGACAGACACCGCUCUACUUAGAGAAGUCGAAGAAGUAUUUGGAAGAUGUGGUGGCGGUAUUGGCUUGUAUAGGACCACCGAAGGAGCAGACGGAAGUUGUACCCCAGAGCACAAUGAACUUGUGGGAAUCCAUGAGGCACAUGACCUCCACACAUAAGGUUGUCUUUGAGACAUCAGACGGAGAGGUGUCUGUACAUGAUCACAUCCUCAUGCUUGCGUCUCCCGUUCUAAAAGCAAUGCUGGAGUCUACUAUGCAGGAGGGCACCCGGAAGCGCAUUGAAAUCAAGGAUUCUACAGCUUCCAGUGCGUCGCUCUUUUUGGACUUGCUCUACACAAGCUCGACUCGUGAGGACCCGGACUACCAGGCAACACUGGGAGCCUUAGACUUGGCACACCGCUGGCAAGUGCACGGUAUGGUGCCCUGUGCCGUGAGCACGCUGCGGGAGAUGAUCACGGUGGGCAGUUUUGCGGAGAUUGCAGAGGCCUGA